GUUUACAUUCUGGGUUGUCGCAAAAUAAACCUGUUAUUUGUGUACAGAGAAAGGAGCGAACGUUUUCGUGAGGUUUUAUGUUGAAAAGUUGGUGUUUUCCGGCAGUGGUGGAACGUUUGUGUCUGUGAAACUUGUAGAUAAUAAGUGCGAAUAACUUCAUGGUCAAACUGGCGGAGCUGCAGACUACGAUUAACCGUAAUAUGCAGACAAAUAACGAUCAUAUCAACUCGUCGAGCUAGCGAACCGUAUUCAGUGCGAACCGAAAGAAUUCUUGCAAGGCCAAGAUGAGCUCUAAAAAGCCCACCACUGCCGCUUCUUCGGAAGUGACAUCAUCGAGGGAAAGGAAAUCAUUGGCAACACCACGAUCGGCUAACAGAUCCAAAGAGAGCACUUCUUCAGGUGCCUCCGAGCGAAAGGUGGCAACACCGAAAUCACAACUAUCGAAACGUCUAAUCGCUCCGUUCACUGCGACAAUCCCAGCAACACCGGCAACUAAGCCAACAUCGUUAGCGUCCAAUGCUGCAACGAUACGGCGCUCUGCCCAAAAUCCUGACCGCAACUCGUGGAAUAAACCGGAUAAAACGCUUUCCAACAUUGUUAAGGCAAAACACAAAAAAGAUAACGGAUUACCCGUAGCAUGGCGAAAGGAGCUGUACGGUCCACGGCCUGGUUCAGCUCAAGCAAGGCUAGAAAACUUAUGUGCCACACUACACAAAGAAGUCGAAGAGCAAAAGAAAGCCAAAGCCGCCUCGAAGGUUCCGCCGAAACGGGUAGAAGAUCGAAAAAGUCCUCCAAAAGCGAAGGCAAUAAAACCUCCAAGUGUCAGUCAGUCCCGCUCUACCUGUGUAACUUCUAAAGCAAACGCGAGAUCUGUUCCCGUAGCUGUAGCGGUAAAGCAAACUAAGGCUGUCCCCGCUGCUACAGGUGUGAAGCAAAUUAAUAUCGCCCCUGUUGCUACGGCAACAGAAAAGUUCGAGGAUAGCUGUGAAAUGGACGUGGAUGAUGUAGAAAUGGGCAGUCCCGAACCGGUGACACGGUUCUUUCCUCCCACAGUGCAAACCAAUCCCGAUAGUAUGGAAUGCGACAGCUUUACGGAGUUUAAACUACCUGAUCAGAAUGCAAACGAAUUGGUGGCGGCGGAAGCAAAGCAUGACACGAAGAAACCCGCGAAAGAGGAUACGAAUGAAGAUUCGAAGCAAGUUGCCACUGAUCUAAAGACCAAGUACAAGGAUGGGCUGUCAGCGUAUUCGAGUUAUUUUUACUGCAUAAUAGACACCAACAUCUUCAUUGAAAAUUACAAGGAUUUUGAGCGCUUUCUCUCGAAAAAAUAUGUGGGCCGCCAACCGAUCGUUGUCGUGCCGUACAAAGUAUUGCACGAGUUGGACACAGUGAAGCACAAAAAACCGGAACUGGCACCGAAAAUUACUCCGGUGGUAAGAUUUCUUCACCAAAUGCUACGUGCCAAGGACGCUCGAGUGAAGGGACAGCAUCCGUGGGACGACACCAUCGAGCUGAUGCCAGUGCUUUCGCCCGACGAUUCCAUCAUAAACUGUGCACUGCAGGUGCAAUCGGUAGCCGCUGGUGGCGAUGUACAGGUGGUGCUGGUGUCGAAUGAUUGCAACAUGCUCACGAAAGCGCUGGUGGCCAAUUUAAACUCCUGCACAAUGGCAGAACUGCAGACGGACUACCAUUUCUAACCGCCCGCCAUGUAGCAGUGCGGCUGGAGGAGGGAUUCAGGUGCCUUUGUCAAUCAUUAUUUAAACUGUAAUAUAGUGUACAAACAUGUUUGCUUUCCGUAAACCGUUCUACACCUGAUAUCGGUGUUUGUGGAGCGGUUUCUGGCCGAUUGGCCAAACACCUUUCAAAAUUACAGCCUCAUAUAUGAUGGCUUUUGAUGCAGAUCAGCUUGGAUGUUAUUCAUUCACUUAUUUAUUGUUUCAAGUUCGAUCCAGCCAUAGUUUGAUGCAUGUUUUAGAUAGAGGUCUAUUGUUCUUGUUCUAAAUUUCACGUGCUUCAAAUGCACGUGCAAAAGCUGAACAUUUAAAUGUGUUUUGCGUAGCGUGCAAUUGAACCUAAGAAAUAGUCAUGUUGCACCUCCGUUCUGCUUCUUCUUCUUUGGCUCUACAACCUCUCAAGAUGUCUUGGUCUGGACCUGCCAUUACUAGCUUCCUUGACUUAAUUUAUCCGAUUAUUUGGACAGUCAAUCAGGAAGAACGUCCGAACGAGAUUUGAUAACUGGUUCUGCCGUGUGUAGAUCACACGGCCUGUUCUAUACAUAAUUGUUGUGCAAUGCGAAAAGAUUGUUAAUAUACUAUUGUUCUAUAGGGACGGUAUUUCUCAGGACUUUAGUUAGCCACUAGGGCUAAAAUUCUUUAAUUUCAUGUUUGUUUGUUAUCGAUAAGGUACCGAUGCUGGAUAGACGACUGACUGGAUAGGAUAUCGUCAGGAGAAAUGUGAAUGUAAUUGAUUCUUAAGCAAAACAGCAAUUGGGUCGUUAUGCAUGUUUGGUACAGGAAUCAGUAAAUUGUAAUAAAAAAUGGUAUACUUUUCUAUGUAA